AUGAGUGGUAGUUUUAUUCAACCAAAGGCUUUCGUGAUGCGCGCUAUCAAUUAUUCACUACUCAGCAAACACUAUUCAGUGAAAAAUCUUGGUGCAUUUGCUGUUACGUUCAUAUUAUUAGCAACGAUCGGGAUUUUAAUAUGGAAUUGCGAAAAAGUUUCACAGAAUAUUUCCCGAAGUGUGUCCAAUGAAAAGCAAGAAUAUAUUUCUGGGCAUUACGAUUACGAUUCGACCAGUUUUUUGAUAGCCGUUAAGCCCAAACCGUGGUAUUUUACAAAUGGCACACGUUAUCCAAAGCCAGCAUCCAUUUCCAAUGAGACAGGCAUACGAGAUGCAAAAUUGUUACCCGACGAAGAUCCAGGAAAUGAUCGUAUUGUGAAUCAAAUGAUGUUCAUUCCCCCGAAUUACGAUCCGUCUCGUAGGAAGGUGGUAAUGAAAACGAUCUAUAUGCUACGCAUACCAGACUGGUGGAGACGCAAAAGUGGUGAAAGUGCAUUUGUAGAUUCAAAGUGUCCUGUCGACGCGUGCAGAAUAACAGAUGACCCCAAAGAGAGAAAAAACGCUGAUUUAGUUAUAUUUUACAACGACUUCACUCCUUCAAAUGAAAGGCGCCCACCAAAACAACUGUAUGCGAUGUAUUAUACGGAACCACCUGUGUUCACGAAUAGUUUGGAUCGUCCAGAUGUCAUCAAUUGGACCAUUUCAUACAGGUAUGACAGUACAAUUGUCGCUCCGUAUAAUAAAUGGCUGUAUUACGAUCCGAGGAUAAAACAAAAAGAACAAGAUCAAAACCAUGCGGCGAAUAAAACGAAAAAAGUUGCCUGGUUUGUUUCCAACUGUGGAGGUGCUAGGAAUGGUCGUCUAGAAUAUGCUAAAGAGCUUCAAAAGCACAUUCAGGUCGACAUUUACGGUAAAUGUGGAAAUUUGACGUGUACUUGCAAGGACAGUGAAAAAUGUUUCGAUAUGCUUGAUGAGGAUUACAAAUUUUAUUUGUCAUUUGAAAAUUCAAACUGCAAAGACUACAUCACCGAAAAGUUCUUCGACACUGGGCUACGGCGUAAUGUCUUACCAAUUGUGAUGGGAGCACCACGCAGCACGUAUGAAAAAUAUGCGCCUCAUCGGUCGUACAUUCAUGUCGAAGACUUUGAAUCGCCAAAGGAACUCGCCGAAUAUCUGCACAUUUUGGACCGAAACGAUAAUUUAUAUAACUCGUAUUUCAAAUGGAGAGGAACAGGUGAGUUUACAGGGCCACACUUUUUUUGUCGAUUGUGCGCCAUGUUACAUGAUGACUACAUCUUCUCAACUCCACGCUGGUAUAGCAAUAUGAAUGAAUGGCAACAUGGAAAGGACAUUUGUAUCAAGGGCUUUUGGCGAGAUGUUCAAACUAAUAAAGGCAAUUAA